AUGCCUCCUCUGUCGGCUUACACGCCUUUUGAAUCCCUCCUCUUUUUCCAGUCCCUGGCCGCCUUGGACGCCCGACCCGCUAAUUUUGUCUCCAUAUCCAACGGCCUCUGCAACAAUCGUUUCGUGCGCGAAAAUGUUGCCUUCGACGCAGGGCGACUGGCGCCGGAAGCUUUGGAGGAUUUGUACUCUACGCUGACACGCGAGGGCACGGACGCAGUCGCGAGCAUUCCCCAUGAGCCAAACGGACGCCAUGACGAAAGCCCUAGCGCUCAUAAUUCGAAGAAACGCAAGAUCUCCAGUCCCAAACCGGAUGGAUUGGCGGAAAAGGGAAUUAUAGGCCAGGCCGGUAUUGUUCCCGAAAUUGUGUCUCAUUUAUAUGCGCGGUAUCGAGAUCUCGUCACAAAGGAAAUUAGAAACGAGGAGAGGAAAUACAAUGAAAUUCGAAGUGAACUUGAACGUCUCAAGGAGGAGCGCGAAGCCGUCCCAGAGCCAGCUCCGACGCCUGCGACCGCUGAGAAACCCACGUCGGAGACCCCGGCAGCGACGCAAUACCCUGUGCCAGAGCCGAUGGAUGUAGAUACACCCAGCGAAAAAUCCACCCAGCAACCGCGCCCGGAUGUCGCUCAGAGCUCUGUUGCACCGAAACCGGGUCCAGAGAUCAAAGAACCGCCGUUGGAACCGCCGCGCAAGGAAGUAGAGGCUUCCAAGCAGCCGACACCGAUCACCCCGCGACCACCCGCACCGCAAAAGCAGCAGAAGCCACUGCAGCCGAUGCCGGCGUCCUCACCAGCACCCUCCGUCAAGCAGUCUCCGAAGGAGCCUCCCACAAAGACACCCACGCAGCCGUUACCCUUGAAACCCUACCAACCGCAACCUCCGCUACAGCCUCAGGCUAUUGCCCAGGCUUCUUCGGCGCCGCCAUUUCAGGUACAGGCUCCGAAUGGGCAACCUCCUUCAGUAUCUCAGCCGCCUAAUCUGGUUCCCCGCGACUUACCCACGCCCAAGGGACCCACGAACAAGGCGUCCCUUCCACCGCAACUUCCUUCACAACCUCCAUCGCAGCCUCCUGUCGACGUUGCUCAAUCUCCUUCAGCGACGGCCGUGCAGCCGUCACCGAUUGCAAAGCCCCCGGCUCCUUCUCCGGCCUCGGCAAAAACUCCCCAAACGGCGAAGACAACUGCACAGGAAGUCUCUUCUACUCCAGCGCCCAAGACGACCCAACCUCCUCCUUUGCAACCUACUAUUCAACAAUGGUCUUUGAAUCAACCCCCUCAAACACCGUCUGUCCCGCCAUCCCAAAAGCUCGAGCCCAUGGGUCAGGCUCCUGCUGCAAAGCCCUUACCAUCCCCCUCAUCACAGCAAACACCGAAACCCCAACCUAAAAAGGUUGAACCUAAGAAGGCGCCUAAAGCUACGCAACCCGCAACCGUUCCGUCGACUCCGUUACCUGUGUCUACAGUUCCGAAGCCGCUAGGACCAAGUAGUUACGGGGCAGGUUACGAAACUCCGAACACAGCACCUCAUGCUCUAUUACAGUCGCAGCCACGGUCAUCACUCCCCCGGCUCUCCAUUGACACUUCAGGGUCGGUUACGCCGUGGAAGAAGACUCCCCGUCUAACCCUUCCGCAUUCUCCUCGAUCGCCAGAUCGACCCAGACCGGAAGAUGUCAGCCCGAUCAGCGAGAAAGCUCCCUCUUUGAUGGGGUCCCGGGAAGCCACCCCAGAAGAGCCCGAUCCACCGCGGCGGAAGCGUCGUGCUGAAGCCAAGGGGUCCUCUCGUGGCCGAGAACCCAGUCCACCGGCUGGUGAAGCAGAUCAUAAAGGCGGUCCGAGAAGCAAAUCUGACAGGUCUACGUUCUCGGUGAACAAGCGACGCGAUCAAAGCACGGCCUCCUCAAGGAGCCGAGGACGGUCGGUUUUAUCGCGCGAGGACGAACCCGCGGUCGAUCCUCCCGGAAAGAUCAAGCGUGAGAUGCCCACAACUCCUGCGGGUGUACCAGACGUGGCUGAAACGGAACACCGUGCCUCAGGGGGUCGCAAAAGUGUCGCUGCUGCUGCUGCUUCGGAAGAGCAACGCCCUGGUCGAGGUAGACCGAAGCGGAAACGUCCCCCAAGUGAAUCGUUUGACACCGAGCCUCCUCAACCUGAGAUCAGCCAACUCAGUCGCAUUGAUCCCAACCAGUCAACACCGUUCGUUCUUGCUGCACGCAACUUCCCCAAGACCGGCCAAGCGAUCAUGAACAACGUGACGACCCACAAACACGCGUCCGUCUUCAGCAAGCCGUUGACGGAACGUGACGCCCCGGGAUAUCGCGACCUCAUCUAUCGCCCGCAAGAUCUGAAAAGCAUCAAAUCCUCCAUCACGCAAGGCAGCAAAGCCCUCGUCGCCGCAACCGAAGCGGCCAACACGCCCGUUGCUGAUGGCGAAUCACCUAUCCCGUCCGGCACCCCAUCGAAGAACUCCGUGCUCAUGCUGCAGAAAAGCGAAGAUGUCAUUCCGCCCAAAGGCAUCGUCAACUCCGCACAGCUUGAGAAAGAACUCAUCCGCAUGUUCUCCAACGCCACCAUGUUCAACCCCAUUCCUCAGCGCGGCUUCGGCCCUGCGUUCCCUAUGAUUGCGGACGGCGAAUCUCGAGAAAGUACUAUCGUCCCUGAACCCGACGAGGGGGGCAUCAUCAAGGCAACGCAUGAGAUGUUUGAGGAUGUCGAGAAGGCUGUCACCGGGUGGCGCCAGGCGGAGCGUACUUCUGACGAGUUGGCGAGUAAGAGUAUCUUGUCGCUGAGGAGGGGGAGUGCAAGUGAUUUGAACACGGAUAGUGCAGAUGAGGUUAAGGGAUCAUGA